AAAAAAAUGUCGAAAGCUAAUGAUAUAUCACUUUAUAAAAAUAAUUCAAAUAUCCCAAAAUUAAUAACAAUACCAAAGUUACAUCAAAUGAAGAAAGACGGUAUUCCUAUUGUUUCAUUAACUGCUUAUGAUUAUUCAAUGGGAAAAGAAAUGGAUCAGGCAGGAGGUGAUGUUAUAUUAAUCGGAGAUUCACUUGGUUGUGUUAUACAAGGAAAACAAAAUACUUUAUCCGUUAGUCUUGAAAAUAUCAUUUAUCACACAAAAAUUGUCUCAAAUGGAAUUAAAAGAGCUUUAGUAGUUGCUGAUUUGCCUUUUUCUGUAAGUUUUUUUUAUUUAUGUCGCGAACUUUACGUAUCAGUGUUUUGUGGACCUUAA